CGGCGUCAGACAGCAGGCUGCCCUGAGUGUGUGAGCAGGUUUGAUACAAACACCGAUUUGUUUUUGUUUGACUGCAGUUAGAAAGACGAUGAUUAGCAGUGUUUUAAACGAUGUGAUCUCGUCUUUAGUGAUUGUGUUCAAGUUUUCAGUUACGGUAAAUUAACUUAUUAACGUAACACACAGAUAUAAAGAGGUAACUGUGGUAACCACACGUGGCAACAUUACAGGUGUAAAGAUCGUUUUAUUUUGGAGGAGAUUGAAUAGAAACGUUAGAGGAAGACUUUGGAAAUGUCCCGGCACAGUAAGAAAAACGGCAUACCUGACAGAUGGCUCAAUUACAAAGCUGUGGGGAAAAGACUUCACGGUUCACGUUUCAUCGCCUUCAAAGUGCCUCUGAAACAGUCUUUGAACUGUCAGCUGUCAAAUCGGGACGUGUUCGGACCCUGGGAGCUGCUCGACUCUUUGAAGAAAGAAAAACAAGAUCUGGGUUUGAUCGUAGACCUCACCUUCACCAAGCGCUACUACAACCUGCAGGAUUUACCUGAGUCUUUGCUGUUUGUGAAGAUCUUAACGGCCGGUCACCAGAUUCCGAGCGAUGAAACAAUCCUGAGCUUCAAACGAGCCGUACGAAAGUUUCUGAGAGACAACGCAGAUAAUGACAAGCUGGUCGGAGUCCACUGCACGCACGGUCUGAACCGCACAGGAUACCUGAUCUGCAGGUAUCUGAUCGAUGUGGACGGGAUGGAUCCUCAGGAGGCCGUUCAGUUGUUUAACUCUUCACGGGGACACAAUAUAGAGCGACAAAACUACCUGGACGACCUUCAGCAUGGACCGAAGAGAAGCAACGACGGGAUGGAAGAGUCCGAGCAGGAGCCAAUGAGAGGUCUCGCUUCUCAUCGACCGUCGGACUCAGACAUCAGAGACGAGAGGCGACCUCACCACGACGACUCUCGACACCACAGAAACUUCCCUCCCAGAGAAAGAAACCACCGCCCACAUCAACGCCAUCCACACGAUGGCCACUUUCCUAAUCCUCCUCCGCUCCUUCCCCCUCCUUUCUAUCCACCUAUGGGAGCCAAUCUCUACUCGUAUCGACGGACCCCUCAUCAACCUGACAGUCAGUGGAGGAGACCCCCCUGCCCAGAGGAGAGCAGGUCCAGGUACCCUCCAGAUGAUCGCGAUUGGAGGUCAUCGUCCCGCCGGCAGGAGGAGGACAGAUGGAGAGCUCCUCCUCCUCCUUUCCUCCCCCGCUACACCCCACGCUGGAGCGACGAGUCCAACGGCCACGGCAGACGUGAGGAGGAGGGGGUCGCUCCCAGAAGCAGACACCACGACAGACCACCACACAGAGACCGAGUCCGCUCAUCUGAGCAUUAGUGAAGUGAGAGAGGAGACAGGACACUGAUGACGCUCUUUAUUUAAGGGACCUGAACCAGGGGUCAACCAAGCUGUCUUACUUUUAGGGUCUUAAUCAGUUUAAGGUACAAAAAGAUCUCUUCAGCCCGCAGCAGGUGAACAGCUGUUACAUCACGCUCUCUCUACAAACACACCACACUACAUUCAUAAAAACAUACAUUGUACCUCACAGGACUCAGGAGUUUAUUGUCCAACACUUGUUUUCUCUCUGGAGUCUAUCUGAACUCAAAGGAGCAGUAUGUAACUCUGACCCCUAGUGUUUAAAAUGGGUACUGCAGUCUAAAUCCUAAACAUUGUAGAGAGC